AUGGAGGGGCUCUUCCACGAAGAUUUGGCAGCCUUGUCAGAUUUGGAUGAACAAAGUUUGUUGGAAUCCCUGAGUCAACGGUUCAAACAAGAUCGCAUCUAUGUAAGUAAAAGUUAGACUUGAAAUGUGCAUGUGACUGUUGUGGGAAAAGCAACGUGGUCUCAGAGCAUGUCGUAUUAUUCUGUAUGUAAAUCCGAGACUGUACAUUUAGGAUGAUAUUUAACUGUACAUUUAGAAUGAUAUUUUACGUCUCGCAUGGUAUGUAUUAAUUUGUGGACGUCCAUCAUCCAUUUCGUAUGAUAUGUUACGAACUACAAUUUGUAUGAUAUGUUACGAAUUGCAAUUCGUACAAUAUUUUACGAAUUUGCAAAAGGCACAAUAUGUUACGAAUGGGCAAAACGUAUGAUAUGUAAAGAAUUCCAAUUUCUAAUUUGUUGUAACUAACGUUAGCUAGGUGGCUAACACUAACUUUAGCUGGGCAGGGCUAACGUUAGCGCUAGGGUUAGGGCAGGGUUCCCUAACUGGCGGUGGUUUAAUUUGGCCCCCCAAGUUUUCUGAGCAAAAAUAAAUAAAUAACAUAACAGCGCUCAUCAGGCUAUGAUUCUGUUAACCUCUUAAGGAUCGGAACCUUUUUUUCCAAUUUUCGCCUAAAAUCAAAUCUAACUGCCUGUAGCAAGGAUAUGCAUAUUCUUGAUACCAUUUGAAAGGAAACAUUUGAAGUUUGUGGAAAUGUGAAAUUAAUUUAGGCGAAUAUAACACAUUAGAUCUGGUAAUAGAUAUACAAACAAACAAAAAAGUGUUUUUAUUUUUUUAUCUUUUUUGAAAUGCAAGAGAAAGGCCACAAUAUAAUUUUGCAGUUUAGGCGCAAUUUAGAUUUUGGCCACUAGAUUGUAGCAGUGUGUGUGCAAAGUUUCAGAUUGAUCCAGGGAAGCAUUGCAAUACUGGACUAUUUUGUAUCAAGUCUGCCCAAAUGUGCCGAAUUGGUCAAUUGAUACAUUUUCAAGUGCAUAACUAUAGAGAACAUACAAAAAUGAUAUGGUAAUACAAAAUGUAAGUUUACACACUCCCAGGAUUGUCAUAAAUGAUGGAUCAUUAGCUUAUACACUGACUUUCACACAUCUAGAUGGCCGGGCGGGGUGGGUGUGAAGCCAGAGACAGCAGGGGUUCAAACUGUAGAACCCAGUUCCUACAUUUGAAUAUAAAAAUGGAUUUUAUCAAACAAAACUAUGCUACAUUUUAUCUCUGGGAACCUUAGGAUGACAAAUCAGACCAAGAUUACUGGAUGUAAGUACAUUAUUUACCUUCAGAGGUGAAUGGAUCAAACCAGUUGCCGUGAUACAUUUUUUAUUGUUGUGCACUCUCCUCAAACAAUAGCAUGGUAUUGUUUCACUGUAAUAGCCACUGUAAUUUGGACAGUGCAGUUAGAUUAACAAGAAUUUAAGCUUUCUGCUCAUAUAAGACAUGUCUAUGUCCUGGAAAGUUGGCUGUUACUUACAACAGUCAUGCUAAUCACAUUAGCGCACUUAGCUCAACCGUCCCGUAUACGGGACACCGAUUCCGUAGAGGUUAAUGUGAUUUCAGACUGUGUCAGCCUCAGCAGUCAGCCUUUAAUCCCAUUCUACCAUGUCACCCAUGUGUACACACACAUCUGCACUGUAAAAGUUCCUGGUGUUUCAUGUAGCCUAAUCUGCAACAUAUCCCAACCAAUCAAAUUCCUCAACACACUGACAGAUAAAAUGGAUUAUCUAAAUCUGUUUCAAUUUAUUUUAUUACUUGACAGGCAGUAAACUCAACAAUGUUGAAAGAUUGGGAUCUAUGAACAACACAAAUAUUCAGUCAUAUAUCAACAUGUCAUUUGAAUUCAUGCCAUUGUUGGCUGUCAGAACAAAAACCUUUGUCAAAUAAAAUUGUAAUUGUCAGAUGCUUCGUAAACAACCGGUGUAGACUAACAGUGAAAUGCUGACUUACAGGCCCUUCCCAACAAUGCAGAAUACAAAAAAUAAAAUAAUACAAAUAAUAAUAGUAACACAAGGAAUAAAUAUACAAUGAGAUAUGAUAGCUUGGCUAUAUACAUUGCAUUCGGAAAGUAUUCAGGCACCUUGACUUUUUCCACAUUUUGUGAAGUUACAGCCUUAUUUAACAUUUAUUAAAUUAAAACAAAUCCUCAUCAAUCUAUACACAAUACCCCAUAAUGGCAAAGUGAAAACAGGUUUUAGAAAUUUCUGCAAAUGUAUUAAAAAUAAUAAACAGAAAUACCUUGUUUACGUAAGUAUUCAGACCCUUUGCUAUGAGACUCGAAAUUGAGCUCAGGUGCAUCCUGUUUCCAUUGAUCAUCCUUGAAAUGUUUCUACAGCUUGAUUGGAGUCCACCUGUGGUAAGUUAAAUUGAUUGGACAUGAUUUGGAAAGGCACACAACUGUCUAUAAGGUCCUACAGUUGACAGUGCAUGUCAGAGCAAAAACCAAGCCAUGAGGUUGAAGGAAUUGUCCGUUGAGUGCAGAGACAGGAUCGUGUCGAGGAUCAGAUCUGCAGCAUUGAAGGUCCCCAAGAACACAGUGGCCUCCAUCAUUCUUCAAUGGAAGAAGUUUGGAACCACCAAGACUCUUCCUAGAGCUGGCCGCCCGGCCAAACAGAGCAAUCAGGGGAGAAGCGCCUUAGUCAGGGAGGUGACCAAGAACCUGAUGGUCACUCUGACAGAGCUCCAGAGUUCCUCUGUGGAGAUGAGAGAACCUUCCAGAAGGACAACCAUCUCUGCAGCACUCCACCAAUCCGGCCUUUAUGGUAGAGUGGCCAGACGGAAGCCACUCCUCAGUUAAAGGCACAUGACAGCCCGCUUGAAGUUUACCAAAAGGCACCUAAAGGACUCAGAAACAAGGUUCUUUGGUCUGAUGAAACCAAGAUUGAUCUCUUUGGCCUGAAUGCCAAGCGUCACGUCUGGAAGAAACCUGGCACCAUCCCUACGGUGAAGCAUGGUGGCGACAGCAUCAUGCUGUGGGGAUGUUUUUCAGCAGCAGGGACUGGGAGACUAGUCGGGAUCGACGGAGCAAAGUACAGAGAGAUCCUUGAUUAAAACCUGCUCUAGAUCGCUCAGGACCUCAGAAUGGGGCGAAGGUUCACCUUCCAACAGGACAACGGCCCUAAGCACACAGCCAAGACAACGCAGGAGUGGCUUCGGGACACGUCUCCGAAUGUCCUUGAGUGGCCCAGCCAGAGCCCCGAAUUGAACCCGAUCGAACAUCUCUAGAGAGACUUGAAAAUAGCUGUGCAGAGACGCUCCAUAUCCAACCUGACAGAGCUUGAGAGGAUCUGCAGAGAAGAAUGGGAGAAACUCCCCAAAUACAAGUGUGCCAAGAUUGUAGCGUCAUACCCAAGAAGACUCGAGGCUGUAAUCGCUGCCAAAGCUGCUUCAACAAAGUACUGAGUAAAGGGUUUGAAUACUUAUAAAAGUAAAUUUCAGUUUUUUAUUUUGUAUACAUUUGCAAAAAUGUAAAAAAAAACUGUUUUUGCUUUGUCAUUAUGGGGUAUUGUCUGUAGAUUGAUGAGGGGAAAAAAAACGAUUUAAUCCAUUUUAGAAUAAGGCUGUAACGUAACAAAAUGUGGAAAAAGUCAAGGGGUCUGAAUACUUUCCGAAUGCACUGUACAUGGGGUACCAGUACCAAGUCGAUGUACAGGGGUACGAGGAAAUUGAGGUAGAUAUGUACAUAUACUGUAGGUAGGGGUGAAGUGACUAGGCAACAGGAUAGAUAGACAGUAGCAGCAGCAUAUGUGAUGAGUGUGAAAGUGUGUAAGUGUGUGUGUGCCUGUGUGUGUGUGUGUGUGUGUGUGUGUGUGUGUAUGUGUUGGAGUGUCAGUGUAAGUAUGUGUGAGUGUGUGGGUAGAGUCCAGUGUGUGUGCGUAGAGUCAGUGACAUUGACUCUAUGCAGUGACACUGGAGUGGUGUUUGUCUUUGAAAAUACAGUACAGUACACAUUAAUUGGGCGGCAGGUAGCCUAGCGGUUAAAGUGUUGGGCCAGUAACCUGGUAUACUCUCUCCCUCUUUCACUCUCCCUCCUCCCGCCUAUCUCUACAAGACCUACAUUGGGGACAUCUUGGUGGCCAUAAAUCCAUUUAAAUACCUCCCUCUGUAUGUGAAAGAGGUAAGUACUCCCACAAGACCAAUAAGCAUCCACCUGUGCUGGCAGACUUUCUCCUAAAAGCUGCCCUAGCUAUCCUGUGACUCACUAUGACCUGGCAAAAAUUCAAGCUGGCAUAUUGAAAUUAAUACAGGCACUUCAACCCAGAAUAUAACUUAUUUUCUUGGAAUAGGACUAGACACUGAACCUGCAAUUGCUUUUGGGACUUUUGAAUAGCUCCACCAAUAUUGAGGCUUUAGCACUUAUGCUUGCCUUAUUAACUUAAGCGACAUAACUGACCAGUAAUCUUUAAAUAAAAUCUACUAAGCUGUUUGUAGACAAUGGCUUUAAAGAUGUUCCUCCUUGUAUCUGUGCAGGUGUCAGAGAGGUAUAAGUACCAUGAGAAGAGCAAGCUACCUCCUCAUAUAUUCGCUGUGGCAGACAGGGCCUACCAGUCCAUGCUGGGAAGGUUGGCCACAGGACCCCGAAACCAAUGCAUUGUUAUCAGGUGA